AUGGGCCCAAUAUGGCGGAAGGCAUCGCCAUUGAACGGACACACCUUGGAUUCUGCAUGCAACGGCACAGAAGACAGGUCGAGGGGGAUGUUUGCCGAAGCACCAACACGGAGCAGUGUCCUGCACGGGCGUGUCCAGAUCGAUAGGUUCCACGCCACAACCAAUGCUGUCUGCAGCAUACUCUCCGUGUGCUUUUUGCUGUGUGCCUUUCGCACGUUUGUGGUGAUUGUGGUGUUCGUUUCGGCAAGAAUUGUCAAGCCCCUGUACACUGCCAGAAAAGCCAAGGGACGCACAUGCUGUGCAUAG